AUGAUACUCCGGUUUGUCAGUAAGGAGGGACAGUUCCGCCUCACUGUCCAGCCCGAUUCGACGUUCCCAGAGCUACUUGCCCAGAUCGCGGAGAAGCUGCCAAAGAGUGUGGACCUUCAGAGCGUCACAGUUAGCAACCGCCCCCAGGGAGGUGAUGCGAGGAAGAUAUCAGAGCUGAAGGGCGUCUCCUUCAAGCAAGUUGGGCUAUCACACGGCGCACAGCUCUUUCUCGGGUUCGAAGAUCAGUCGACCGCAUCGAACGGCCAUGCAACUGCCCCCACCGGCGCCAAUCGCCUAAAUGGCAAAGUCGUCGAAGCCUCCGAUAUGCCCUCCGUGCCCCUCGGUUCGCCCACACAAGUCAUCAAGAAUCCCUGGGAGGUAGUCAGGCAGUCGCCGCUCGACGAUAAGCUGGACAGACAAGAUGGCAAGAUCCACAGGAAGCGAGAUGCAAGGAUGUGCACGCAUGGUCCCAAAGGCAUGUGCGACUACUGUAUGCCACUGGAGCCAUACGCAGCAGCGUACCUGGCCGAGAAGAAGAUCAAGCACCUGUCGUUCCACUCAUACCUUCGAAAAGUCAACUCUGCAAAGAACCGACCGGAGCUCGGAAGCUCGUACAUCCCACCGCUCACCGAACCGUACUACCGCGUACGCCCAGACUGUCCGUCCGGCCACAAGCCAUUCCCGGCGGGUAUCUGCACAAAAUGUCAGCCCGGUGCCAUCUCGCUGAAGCCUCAAGAGUACCGCAUGGUGGAUCACGUCGAGUUUGCUUCGAUCCAGGUUGUCGACGAUUUGAUUAACUUUUGGAGAAACACGGGAUGUCAGAGGUUAGGGUUCUUGUACGGCAGGUAUGAGGAGUACACCGAGGUACCUCUAGGCACGAAGGCCGUCGUGGAGACCAUCUAUGAGCCGCCGCAGGUCAACGAGCUGGACGGCAUCUCAUUAGGCGAUUGGGACAACGAGAAGGAGAUUGAUGAGAUUGCUGCACAGUGCGGGCUUCAGCGGGUUGGUGUUAUUUUCACAGACCUGCUGGAUGCGGACAAGGGCGAUGGCUCUGUCAUCUGCAAACGACACAUCGACUCGUACUAUCUGUCGUCUCUGGAGAUUGCGUUCGCCGCCAGGUAUCAAGCCAAGUACCCUCGACCUACCAAGUGGAGCGAGACUGGCAAAUUCGGGUCCAAUUUUGUCACCUGCGUAAUCAGUGGUGACGACCAGGGACAGAUUGGUAUCUCCUCAUACCAAGCUUCGAACGAUGCCGUGGAGAUGGUGCGAGCCGACAUCAUCGAGCCCUCAGCUGAGCCUUCAGUUAUGCUGGUCCAGUCAGAAGACGACAACGAGGCUCUCAACCGAGCAAGGUACAUUCCCGAGGUCUUUUACAGGAGAAUAAACGAACACGGUGCGAACGUUCAGGAGAACGCAAAGCCUGACUUCCCAGUGGAGUAUCUGUUCGUCACCCUUACUCAUGGUUUCCCGACACAGCCAAACCCGCUCUUCACCGGUGGCAAGUUCCCGAUCGAGAACCGUGAGAUUAUGGGCGAGAUGCCCGACGUGUCAGCUCUGGGCAAGUCACUCAACGCGAAGGCAAAUGGUCUCGCACUCAACACUACAAGCGGCCUCAACGCCAUCUCUAACUUCCACAUGCUGUGCUUCAUCCACAAUCUCGGUAUCCUCUCGAAGGACGAAGAGUCACUCCUCUUCAAGGUCGCUUCAACGCAUGAUACGUCAGAGGGCUCGGCACUCCAGCACACUGGAGGAUGGGCGACCCUUCUAACAAUCCUCAAAGAAAGUGAAUUCCUGCAGCUAUGCUUUGCCGUAGGUUCCACGACUAUCGAGCGACACCGGAUGAGACACGAUGGUGAUGGAGCAGAGGAUGCAUUAAGGAUUUGCGAUGCUGUUAAAGGUGCAGCCAUGCUGGGACUCCGGCAACCGAAAUGCGAGCCUUUGAGCACACUAUCAGAAGUCACAGCCCAAGACAACACCAUCCAAAUCCUCUCACGAACCCUCCAAUCCUCCAAUCUCCCGCAUAUGCUCUUCUACGGCCCCCCAGGCACCGGCAAAACCUCGACCAUCCUCGCCCUCGCAAAACAGCUCUACGGGCCCGAACUCAUGAAGUCGCGCGUCCUCGAGCUCAACGCCUCCGACGAGCGCGGCAUCAGCAUUGUCCGACAAAAGGUGAAGGACUUUGCGCGCCAACAACUCAGCGUCGCGCCGACCUACAACGUCAUGACCGAAGACAAAGACGGCGGCGAGGCAAAGAUGGUGCGCUACCGGGACAAAUACUCAUGUCCGCCAUUCAAGAUUAUUGUGUUGGAUGAGGCAGACAGCAUGACACAAGACGCACAAUCCGCCCUCCGCCGCACCAUGGAAACCUACAGCCGCAUGACGCGCUUCUGUCUUGUGUGCAACUACGUCACGCGCAUCAUCGACCCGCUCGCCUCGCGCUGCAGUAAAUUCCGCUUCAAGAGCCUCGACCAGGGGAAUGCCGUGCGACGUGUAGAUGAUAUCGCAAAGCUGGAGGACGUGAAGCUCGACGCCGGGGUCAGCGAGGAACUAGUCCGUGUCGCGGAUGGGGAUUUAAGGAAAGCGAUUACCUUCUUACAAUCUGCGGCACGGCUGGUGGGCGCGACGCAGACAGCAGGCAGGAAGAAGAAAGUCGUCGUGGACGACGAGGAUGAAAUGGACAUUGACCCCCCCUCCGCGCCUUCAAAAACCACAAUCUCCCUCGAGCAAAUCGCCGAAAUCGCAGGCGUCAUUCCCGCACCCACACUCGCCUCCUUCUCGGAUGCGCUGUUCCCCAAAUCCGCGGCGAAAAGUAUACGGUAUAAUGAGAUCGCAAAGGUCGUGGAGAAUAUGAUUGCCGAGGGGUGGAGUGCGAGUCAGACGGUCAGUCAGUUGUAUGAGCAGGUCAUGUUUGAUGAGAGGGUGGAGGAUAUUAAGAAGGUGAGGUUGGCGGGGGUUUUUAGUGAGACGGAUAAGAGGCUGGUGGAUGGUGGGGAUGAGCAUCUUGCUGUGCUGGAUUUGGGCGUCAGGGUCGCGGGUGUGCUGUGUAUGGGAUGA